ACUUGUCAUCCAUUGGUCACUGAGCAGGAAUUAACCGGAUGUAACAAUAUUAGUUUGACUAGAUUAGCCACAACAACAAAAACACCGUUAAGUUAUUAUUAAACAAGUGUGAUUACUCGAUAGUCCUGCGAAGAUAUCGCUUCUACAUGUUUCUUUUGAGUUACUGAGAAUAUUUCCAGCGGAGGUUUGCAGAACAGAGUGUAAUUAGACUUCAUUAGCAAUACGAACGAACUGUUAGCCACCGUGGAGCUAAAGCAGCUAACAGCAGAGAUCUUUGGCAUUUGGUAAAGUUUAUGGUUUAGUGCUACAAGUUGAGUAUACUUUCCAGGUUUGUGAGAUUGUGCUACCCGCACGUCGUCUGUGGACACCUCCUCCAACCUUGUUGUUCAUCUGAGGACCGAUAGACUGUGGACAGGUAGACCAAGGCACUAGAGAACCAGAAGAUACGGGUUAUAUGGCUAAAACAUCGAGCUACUAGAACAUGUGAAGGUUGCAGACAAUGAUUUAAAAGAAAGAACACCCAAAUGGAUAGAGGAUGUCUUAAGUGAUGAAAGUCAAAAAAGACAAACCCAGGGGACUCCAUUUGGAGCCCUCAAUACCUGCAACCUCCACAUCAGAACUGGAGCAGACACAAGAUGGCAAAAAUCCCAAGAAUCAGAUUUUGUUGAUUAAAGAAGAGGUUCUCCAUGACUGGAGCCCCAUUUUGGAUCAGCACGACCCAGAGCUCCUCCACAUAAAGGAAGAAAAGGAGGAGCUGUGGAUCAGUCAGGAGGAAGACCAGCUUAAUGCGAAGAGUGAAGAUGAAGAGAAACCUCAGUUAUCAGAGCUUCGUCAGCUCAAAAUUGAGACAGAAACUCCAAUCAGCAGCUCUACUGAACAGAUGGAAACAGAUUCUGGUGGAGAGGGCUGUGAAGAACCAGAAGAAGACAGGAACCCAAGUCCAAUAUGUUCUUUUCAACAAAAUGAGACCAUUAACAAGCAAGGCACAAGGCCUAAACUGUGUUCUAAACUCAUGUCUCUGACAGGAGAAAGGCCAUUUUUUUGCAGUGUUUGUGGCAAAAGAUUUAAACGUAAGACUAAUGUCAGAUUACACAUGAUGAUUCACACUGGAAAUAGAGAGUAUAGCUGUGAUGUCUGUGGCAAAGGAUUUAAAGAAAAACAUUAUCUUCAGACACACAUGCGACUUCACACUGGAGAGAAACCGUUUGCCUGUGAUAAAUGUGAUAAAAGGUUUCAUGCGAAGACGAAUCUUAAAACUCACCAGAAGGUUCAUUCAGGAGAAAAACCUUUUUCAUGUGACAUUUGUGGUACAAGAUUUAAGAUUAAGGGAACUCUUAAAAACCACAUGAGGAUCCACACUGCAGAGAGACCAUUUGUGUGUAGUGUGUGCAGUAAAGGAUUUUCCCUUCAAGUUCACCUAAAGAGUCACAUGUGUGUUCACACAGGAGAGAAGUUGUUCAUAUGUAGUGUUUGUACUAAAGGAUUUUCACAACAAAUUCAUCUGAAGAUUCACAUGCGCAUUCAUACAGGAGAAAAGCCAUUUAUUUGCAGUGUGUGUACUAAAGGAUUUUCACAGAAAGAGACUCUAAAGAGACACAUGUGUGUUCACACAGGAGAGAAACCCUUUAUUUGUAGCGUUUGUAGUAAAGGAUUUUCCCAAAAAGAGACUCUAAAAAGACAUAUGUGUGUUCACACAGGAGAGAAACCGUUUGUUUGUGGUCUUUGUAGUAAAGGUUUUUCACAACAAAUUCAUCUGAAAAGUCACAUGCGUGUUCACACAGGAGAGAAACCAUUCGUUUGUAAUGUUUGUGCUAAGGCAUUUUCAAAACAGGAGUCUCUAAAGAGACAUGUAUGCUCACUCAGGAGAAAAAAACGUUGAUUUGUAGUAAAGGAUUUUUAUACAUGUACUGAACACAGAAAUCUCAUUCAUAGCACCUUGAAACUAAAAGUGUGCAGUUUAUCCUCUUUCCUUCCUCCUAAAUCUUUCUCUAUACAGAUAUUGUAAAUAAUUGGUUAAGUAUUGGGGAGUUGUUUAAUUGUUUUUGAAGCUAUUAUGAUGUUUUGGUCUUGUCACUUGAUGUCAACAUAACAUUUUGGAAAGUAGGUGUCAUUUUUAUCCAAGCUUUUGGUUAGAAAGCAUAUACAUAUUCAAAGGUUUUACUGACAGUACUUAAGAACAUGUACCUCAGAUAUCAAUUGAACCCUCAAAGCAGUCUUUUCAAUGCCGGUGGCAGCCUGGGGUCUUAGAAGUAGAAAACCUUGGUAGCAUGUUAUUUAUCUGAAUAUUUGACAUGUGAAAAUUUAUUUUUUAUGGACUUGAAAAGAAGUGUCAUGAAGUGUGAUGAUCUUAUUUAUGCUUAAAUAAAAGUCCUCUUAUGUGGACUGUUAUAUAAGCAAACCACCAACCACAUAGGUCAUGUGGUUGGUGGACAGAGUAUAUAACAUUAUAUAAAACUUUGGUUCCUUGUUUUGAUAUUGUUUAGUUGUGCAUUGUUUUAUUUGUUAAUUGUCAUAUUUCUGUAAUAUAUGAGUGUAUCAGACUUUGUUCCAAGGAAUGCAUCCUAAUGAUUUUGUAAAGUUUUUUUAAUGACAAAUAAAGUUGAAUUAGAGAUUC